ACAGGGACAGCAGCAGCGACGUCAUGACGCACGACGUCAUGCGGUGGGCCCGUGUCACGUGACCGGUAUUGCGAGGAAGCCAGUCCAUCAGAAAGACCCUGCUGAGAUGAAUCGACCAAUUAUCAGCACGGUGUUUGCGCUUUUAUGCCUUUUAUCAGGUGUUUUGGGCGACAGCUUGACUGUUCUGCGCAGCCCGCCAUAUGUGACAUUCCAGGAUGGACAAUGGCCUAUAUCAGGAGAAAAGGUCCCCGAUUUAGUCGCCCUGACCAUGGGCUUCUCCAUCCGUGAGGAUCUUGAUUGGCCAGGUCUGGCUGCGGGCUCGCUCUUCCAACGCCCGCGUGCAAACGCUCUGAUUGUCGUGCGCGGCUUGGACACCCUCGACUUUCCGAAAAACAUUUCCUCCUACCCUCUCGAAAAUCCGGUUCCGUUCACUCUGGACAGUGUGGCAAACACGGUGCACACUCUGUUUGCCGACAGCACCCCUGUGGUCUUGCAGCUCGCCCCUAGUGAGGAGAGGCUGUAUAUGAUGGGGAUGGCCAACACGGUUUUUGAGGACCUGCCCGUGACCCUGCAGCAGAUCCGUGGACGUCUGUCCCAGGAUGGAUCUGUCCUCACGUCCCUUCCUCUCAUCUCUCUCAGCCGUAAUAAUGAGGCUGAUCUUCUGUUCCUCUCUGAGGUUCAGGUGCUUUAUGACAUCUCAGCUCUGUUGCAGAAACACAAGCAUCUGGCUAAAGACCCGGCUCCUGACCUGUACUCUCUAGAGCUUGCGGGGUUGGAGGAGAUCGUCCGUCGUUAUGGCACAGACUCUCCUCAGUUCGCCGACGCUACCAGGAUCCUGACGUCUGCUCUGCAGAAGUUCGCAGACGAUGUGGCCAACGUCUAUGCAAACAACGCGGUUGUAGAAGUGGUGACGGUGAAGACAUUUGAAGCCCCUCUGACCCGGAAGUCACGCUCCAUCCUUCAGACCACUAACGAAGGCAGCCUCUACAACCUGGCCUACAAGUAUGACUAUGAUUACGCCGUGGUCUUUAACAUUGUCCUGUGGCUGAUGAUCGUGUUAGCUUUAGCCGUCAUCGUGAUCUCGUACAACCUCUGGAACAUGGAUCCUGGAUAUGACAGCAUCAUCUACAGGAUGACCAAUCAGAAGAUCCGCCUGGACUGAUGACGUCCAUCACACACCCCAUUCCAUUUUGUGUUUUGUAUUUGAGUGCGUUUGAAUGCGUUUUAUUUUUGAUGUGGGUACCACAGAAUUGCUUGUAUAAAUGCUUCGCCUUCAUGACACAAUCAAACACCGAUAUAAAGAUUAUUUAUUGAUGCCUGUUGAUAGAUGGACAAAUAAAAUUGUUUGUGACGUUUCUUAAUUGCUGUAUCUCGUAGAUUUGCAUAAUGUGAAUCUAUCGAAGAGGAAAAUCUGAUGUUAGGAUGUAAAGAAUUGAAAUUUAACUCUAUUUAUUGUUUGUUGUUCACUUCAUUGUGCUGAUUUCCUUCCAGAAUACUCGAUAUAGUGUAAUUGCUCCAAUUAUAAUAAUAAAAAAAAAACACCCAUCUCUUAAAACAA